AACAACAACAACACCAUCAUCAACAACAACACCAACAACAACAGCAUCAACAGAAACAACAACAACACCAAUGUCAACAACACCACCACCAACAACUCCAACAACAACACCAACAGCAACAACAACACCAUCGACAACAACAGCACCAACAACAACACCAAUAACAACACUGUCAACAACAACACCAACAACGACAGCACCAACAACAACACCACCAAUAACAACACCAACAACAACAACAGCAGCAACAACACCAACAACAACACAAUCAACAACAACAGUACCAACAACACCAGCAACAACAACGCCAACAACAACAACACCAUCAACAACAGCAACAACAACACCAUCAACAACAACAACACCAAUGUCAACACCAACACCAACAACAACAACUGCAACAACACCACCAACAACAACAACACCAUCAACAACACAAACAACAGCAGUAACAACAGCAACAACAACAGCAACACCAACAACAACAACAUCAGCAACACCAACAACAACAACAACAAUAACAACACAAUCAACAACAACAGCACCAACACCAACAUCAACAACAACGACAACACCAUCAGCAACAACAACAGCACCAACAACAACACCAACAACACCACUAUCAACAACAACAGCAACAACACCACCUACAACAUCAACAGCACCACCACCACCACCAACAACAACAACAGCAACAACAACAACACCAACAACACCACCAUCAACAACAGCAACAACAACACCACCUAUAACAUCAACAGCACCACCUCCAACAACAGCACCAACAACAACUCAAACAACACCAUCAACAGCAGCAACAACAACAACAACACCAACAACAACUCCAACAACAACUACAACAACAACAGCGACAACAACAACACCAUCGACAACAACAGCACCAACAACAACACCAAUAACACCACCGUCAACAACAACACCACCAACAACAACACCAUCAACAACAACAACGACAACAACACCAUCAACAACAACUAUAGCACCAACAACAACGACACCAACAACACCAUCAUCAUCAACAACGACAACACCAUCAACAACAGCAACAACAACACCAUCAACAACAGCACCAACAACAACACCAUCAACAACAACAACAGCACCAACAACAACAACACCAUCAUCAACAACAACGACAACACCAUCAACAACAGCAACAACAACACCAUCAACAACAGCACCAACAACAGCACCAACAACAACACCAAUAACAACAUCACCACCAACAACAACACCACCUUCAACAACACCAACAACAACUCCAUCAACAGCAACAACAACGCAAUCAACAACAACAGC